AUGCAUAAUCCAAGUCCAACUUUCCAUGGGACCUCCCUGAGUGGGUCAGUGCAAACAAGUCAAGCUCCAGCUGCUUACUUGAUGAGAUCAAGAUGGACUUCAACAUGGGCUCGCCCUCAGAACUCGGAUGAUGGGUAUUCCAGUGAUUCCAUUCUGAGUCACGCAUUGAAUGAUUUCAAAAAAAUGUCAACGAAUUUUUGUGUUUAUCGUUUGGUGGGGCAACUAGAUCUGAGCUGCAGAUUUGUCACAAGUUAA